AGAAAUAAAGUUUGAGCUCUUUCUGAACGAGGCUGCGGAGUUCAGCUGGAACACAAACCAGAACAAGGGCGCCCACAUGCUUCAGCAUCAUCUCCAGUUUCCCCUGAAGAGGAAUUUUGCACAUCAUUGUGACAAAAGGGAUGAAUGAGGGCCGCUCCACUCUUCUCAGACGGUGCCACCUUGCCUUGUCCAAGGCCGACACCCUUGGCUCCGUCUCCGCCAGGGCUGCUCUUUCGGGAGACUCGGAAAAUGACGCGGCUGCCCAGUCUGACAGCGAGGCGGCCCUCGCCCUCUCUGAGCUCUCAGACCUGUUCGAAGGUGAGGAUGGCUCCCCGUCAACUCAGGACGCCGGUCAAGACCCCGUCCUGGUGCUGGUCCAGCCGGAUCAGCCUGCGGACAGCAGGCAGAACCUGCGGAUGAAGUUCCAGGGUGCUUUCAAGAAAGGCAUUUCCAACCCGAUGGAUCUUCUGGAAUCCACCAUAUAUGAGUCCAACGUGGUUCCAGGCCCAAAGAAAGCACCCAUGGACUCGCUCUUUGAUUAUGGUACCUAUAGAAACACGAGCAACCAGAAGAGACGCAGGAAGAAGCUCCCGAGAGGUAAAACCGAGGCGUCCUGUGAUGAGGACCGAAGCUCGGAUCCGCCGAAGGUGGUGAAGAUUUUCAACCGCUCCCUGCUCUUCGACUGCGUGUCCCGGGCAGACGCCGAGGCCCUCGACGGCCUCCUGGAGUACCUGCAGAGUCACGAGAAGAGGCUCACGGACGAGGAGUUUAGAGAGCUCUCCACCGGUAAGACGUGUCUGCCUAAAGCUCUGCUGAACCUGUAUGGCGGUCAGAACCCCACCAUCCCACUGCUGGUGGACAUCGCAGAGAAGACCGGGAACCUGCGAGAGUUCAUAAACACUCCCUUCAGGGACGUUUACUACAGAGGCCAGACGGCGCUGCACAUCGCCAUCGAACGGCGCAGUAAACAGUACGUGGAGCUGCUGGUGGAGCAGGGAGCCGACGUUCACGCCCAGGCCAGGGGACGCUUCUUCCAGCCCAGGGACGAGGGGGGCUACUUCUACUUUGGUGAGCUGCCCCUCUCGCUGGCUGCGUGCACCAAUCAGCCCGACAUCGUGCACUACCUGACCGAGAACCCACACAAGAAGGCCGACCUGCGGCGCCAGGACUCGCGCGGGAACACGGUGCUGCACGCGCUGGUGCACAUCGCCGACAACACCAAGGACAACACCCGCUUCCUCACAAAGAUGUAUGACCUUCUGCUGAUCAAGAGUGCCAAGCUGUACCCAGACUGCAGCCUGGAGACGGUGCUCAACAAUGACGGCAUGUCGCCUCUCAUGAUGGCUGCCAAACUGGGCAAGAUCGGGGUUUUUCAGCACAUUAUCCGCCGUGAAAUCAAGGAUGAGGAAGUUCGUCAUCUGUCACGUAAGUUCAAGGACUGGGCCUACGGACCGGUGUACUCGUCCCUCUAUGACCUGUCCUCAGUGGACACAUGUGGAGAGGAGCCAUCGGUGCUGGAGAUCCUAGUCUACAACAGCCGUAAUGAGAACCGCCACGAGAUGCUGGCAGUGGAGCCCAUUAAUGCGCUGCUGAGAGCCAAAUGGCAGAAGUUUGCUGCCGUCACUUUCUACAUCAGCGUGGUUUCCUACCUCAUUACCAUGAUCAUUUUUACCCUGGUGGCCUAUUACCACCCAACACAAGGAGUGCCUCCGUAUCCGUACAUCACAUCGUCUGACUACCUGCGCAUGGCGGGAGAGAUUGUCACGCUGGCGUCAGGAAUCUUCUUCUUCCUCACCAACAUUAAGGAUCUCUUCCUGAAGAAAUGCCCGGGGGUGAAGUCCUUAUUUAUUGAUGGAUCCUUUCAGCUCCUGUACUUCAUCUACUCUGUGCUGAUUGUAGUCACCGCCGCUCUCUACCUGUCCGGCAUCGAGGCGUACGUCACCGUGAUGGUGUUCGCGCUGGUCCUGGGCUGGAUGAACACGCUUUAUUUCACCAGAGGCCUGAAGCUCACCGGCACCUACAGCAUCAUGAUACAAAAGAUUCUUUUCAAGGACCUCUUCAGAUUCUUGCUGGUGUAUGUGCUCUUCAUGAUCGGCUAUGCAUCAGCCCUGGUGUCGCUGCUGACGGUGUGUCCCCCGGCGGGCACGGAGUGCGAAGGGGGCUGCCCCACCUACCCAAACUGCAGAGACCCCGACACUUUCAGCACCUUCCUGCUGGACCUUUUCAAGCUGACCAUUGGGAUGGGAGAACUGGACAUGAUCCACAGCGCUCAGUAUCCUGCAGUCUUCCUCAUCCUCUUAGUCACUUACAUCAUUCUCACCUUUGUGCUGCUGCUCAACAUGUUGAUCGCUCUGAUGGGGGAGACGGUGGGGGAGGUUUCCAAGGAGAGCAAGAAGAUCUGGAAGCUUCAGUGGGCGACGACCAUCUUGGACAUUGAGCGCUCCUUCCCAGUCUGCCUUCGCAAGUCUUUCCGAGCUGGUGAGAUGGUGACUGUGGGCAGGAGCUCGGAUGGCACUCCAGACCGACGCUGGUGUUUCAGGGUGGAUGAGGUGAACUGGUGUCACUGGAACCAGAAUCUGGCGAUAAUCAAUGAGGAUCCUGGCAAGAGUGAGACCGUCCAGGCCAAUGGUUUACAGCAGGGUGUUAGAGCCCUGAGAAGAGAUCGCUGGUCCACUGUGGUCCCGCGGGUGAUGGAGUUGAGCAAGGGUCCUCGGCCUCGUGAUCUGGUGAUAGAGAUGGAACCUCUGACAUCCAGGCACUGAUGCAUGCAGAGGACUCGCGCUGUCCUUGUUAUAAAGAGGCAGCAGAAAGCCAUCAGCGUCAACGAGAUCACUCUGCAGGGGACAAUUUGGCCAAUAAGAGAUUCAAUUUGCACACAUCUCAUGCGCCUUUUGUUCAGGGGAAGGAAAGUGAAUACUAACAUGGACUUUUUCUUCCGGUUGAGUUAGCACUGGCACGUCUUACUUUUAAAGUGUUUUACAGUGUUUUUACUGUUCUCCAGUCUUGUCCUGUCUGCUCUCAUGCAGGUAACAUCAAGACACUUUUUUCCAUAUUCAACAUCAUUCAACGUCCUUACUCCACACACACCUGGAACUCCCUCCUUCUGUUUAUCAAUGAAAAGAAGAAUAAAAUCCACCACCAUCUUGGUUCCACUACCUCCCACCCUGUCAUCUUUUUUCCACCUUUGAACUCCUUCAUCCCUCUGUAAUCUCUGAGCUCAUCAUCAGGUCCAAGCCCUCCACCUCUCAGUCGGAUCCCCUCCCCACAGUCCUCGUUAAAUCCUGCCUUCCCUCUCUGCUCCCUCUCAUGUCAGCCAUCAUUCACUGCUCACUUUCCACUGGAAUUCUUCCUGCUUUCUUCAAAUCUGCAGCUGUGAGCCCCAUCUUGGAAAAAAAAAAAAAAAAACUGGUUUAGACCCAAAUGACUUCAAUAACCUCUCUCAUCUUCCCUUCAUUUCCAAGAUCUUAGAAAAAACUGUUGCUUCUCAACUUCAUUCCCAUCUUACCCGAAACAGCGUCUAUGAGCAGUUGCAGUCUGGUCUCUGUCCCUGCCACAGCACUGAAACAGCCCUCAUCUAGAUCACAAGCGACCUCCUCAUGGAUGUGGAUUCUGGUUUAGCCUUAAUCCUCAUUCUUCUUGAUCUGGUGUCCCCCAGGGCUGCGUCCUGGGGCCCCUGCUCUUCAUCUAUCUUCUCCCACUUGGCAAUAUCUUCCAUAAAUAUGGCAUCCACUUUCACUGCUUUACUGAUGACACCCAUCUUUACCUUUCCACUAAAACCAACUCCACUCCAUCCUCAGAAAUCAAUCCUGGUUUACCUCCAACUUCCUCCCCUCUUCCAGUUAAAAGUCUGAGUGUCAUCCUUGACAGCUUUCUUUCUUUCCACUCUCACAUCGAUAACAUAACCCGGUCUGCAAAUUCCCAUUUACGUGGCAUUAAUGGCCUCCACCCCUCUCUCACAAUGCCCCCCCACUAUCUGUCUGAUCUCAUCCAUACUGCCACGCCCUCUCUCUCGCUCCUCCAGGUCUUCCUCCACCGCUCCACGCCCUUCGCCCGUCUCGGCGCCAUGAGAACAGAGCUUUCAGUCACUCAGCUCUGGAACUCACCCCACCAGACAUCCAGAACACUGAGGCUUUUCCUCUCUGACAAUUUCAUAACCCAUCUGUUUCAAACUGCCUUCACACUGUAUAUUUUAAUCCUCUGUUACUUUCAUUUGUUGUCUUUAUUUAUUUUACCCUGUAAAGUGUCCUUGAGUGUUCUGAAAGGCACUGUUGAAAUCAAAUGUAUUAUUAUUGCUGAUGCAACAUUGUCAGGGUAAUAGUCCAGAGGACUGUGCAUGCAGAGACACUGGACGAACACGUUCCUAUAGAACUGCUGUUUCAGAAACAUAUAACACCGCUAAACACCAACCCCAAGAUAGAAGAAGAAGACAGGUGCAUUAUCAAGCUGUAAUUUGUUAGUGUUUAGUUGCUACAUAAGAGGAAACAUAAAUAUGUGCUGUACCUCUGAUCGCUCAGGGAUUUCAAGUAGUUUAAAAAAAAAAAAAAAACAUUCCAGCAGUUUUUUUGUCAUUAUAUUCCUA